AUGCUGGGCGAUAGAUCUGCUCUUAAACAAGUACUCAAUACUGUUUCCACCGUCGUAUCUGACCCAAGAUUGACCGAAUCCGCGCUCAACUGGGGAACCCAAAUCUCCCCACAUCGACUCUUGCCAGUUCUUAGGGGAAGUUUGAGGCCAGCUGUGAAUUGGUCACUCAGUACUGUUGGUCUCUUCAUGACCCCAUCCUUUAUUACGCAUAUUGGUUUGAUAUGCGCAUGGUUCUUCCCCCCUAUACUCAUCACCUGGACAAUAGACAUCCUCUUGUGUAAAUUGAUCAGCAAAGCGAUUCCAUUUCCUGAAGCCGAUGGAACAAUUAGCUCUGAGGAACAAAGUCGAAAUCGAAGUCGCAGCCGAAGUCGAAAUAAAAGCAAAGGUCACAGCCGGGCGGGGCACAUGCCGACGAUUCGUCACCCUCCAUACGAAGAUGAAAGAUGGAUUCCAACACCAGAGCCGGAAGAAAGCGACUCGGAAGAUGAAGAAACUCCACGGCAGCGCGCAGUCACCCUUGAUGCGUACUCGCCACAGGUUCGGCCGAUGAGACCCCCCUCUUCUCUACCAGAGGCACAACGUCGAGUGUCAGAAAACGACACGUAUGAAGUCGGAAAUGCAUACGAGGCCAGCCCAAUAGUUCAAGCGAAUUCAAAUUCUACAUUUCUUACAAUGCCUACAACUAGCCGGCGUGAUCAUGAGAGACAAUCCGAAACAGACUGGGACGAGGGACAGGGGUCUUUUCCUACAACACAAGAGGGCAUCUCUUCAACAGCAGGAGAGACUUCCAGCUCUGGACUUUCUCGUGGGAUGGUCGCUGUCAACAUAAUUCCGGAGCCCAUCUCCACCCCUGCACCCUUACCGGACAUAAUUCUCUCACAAAAACUGAGCCGGCUAGUUGACCUGGUCAUUUACGUCAUCAUAUUUAUGGUCGGCGUGGUACUCUUUUACACACCAGGUGGUGAAAAAAGAUCUCAAGUCAUCUUCAUCGCAACGAUCAGCCUGAUAUGGCUUUUCAGUAGGCGUAUCAUACCGCAUUCUUGGACCAAGGUGCUACAUCCCACACUCACAACAAGCUUGUUGGCUUCCUUUGGAAUCCUUGGCAUAGGCUCUACUAUAGGUCUUAACAGACAACAGACCUACGACUUGUUCUACAAAGAAAUGACCUAUCUUGAUUUCCUGGACCCGUUUUCGAAAGAAGGUAUCGUAGUUCCUGGGGCAGGUGAUAUCUUAGAGAGUGUCUUGGAUGCAGGCACGGUCGGAUUGGCGUUCACAAUCUUUGAUUACCGGCGUGAUUUAUAUCAUAACUUCUUCAGAAUCUUUUUGGUCGUUCUUCCCAACUGUGUGUUAUCAUUACUACUUUGGCCUUACCUCGCCCGUCAAAUUGGACUCUUACCAGAACAGGCCAUAGAUUGGGCGGGAAGAUCAAUGUCUGCUCCGCUUGCCCUCGAGCUCCUCAAGGCUACCAAAGGCGAUCGAAACCUAGGCGCUGUGCUAGUUUAUCUGACCGGUAUAGCUGUCACAGUUUUUAGGACGCCUAUGUUUCGGCUCUUCAGGAUUAGACCGGCAUCUGCUAAAACUCACGAGGAUUAUUUCACCAUUGGAGUUACAGUAGGUGCCUUAGGUGGUGUUAUAGGAACAUCAGGACUUUUCAAAAGACAUCGAAGAGCAGCUGGUACAGCCACAAUAGCUUUAGUGAUCUACGCCAUCAUUAUGCUUUGCUUGGUUGCAGUACCUAUCGUUUCACAAUUUCUUGACACCUUGGUAGGGAGACCAUCAGGAGGAAGGUCUGAGUUAUGA